AUGGCGGCGGUUGGCAUUCAUCUCGGAAGUACAAGUGCUUCCUUGGCUUUACACAAGGUCUAGAGGGUCGCUUUAUUUGAGCUUGCUAAGCUAAUUACAUUUAAAAAGCUCACAACUUAUGUCAUUGAAAUUAUCUCUAAGGAUGGAAGAACAGAGAUCUUAACUAAUGAUGCUGGAGAUAGAGUGACUCCUGCCCUGGUAGCAUGCUUAGGAAAAGAAAAGGUAAGCUUAUUUUGAUGUUCCUAUUUGUAAACAUGUCCGAGUAUUGAUAUUUGAGACGAUACAUAGAGACAGCUAAUGCUCUUAUUGCAUCGAAAAGGGACUUGGUUGAUUUUAGAAAUAGUUAUAGUAACACUGGUUUCACCUGUUCAUGACAAGCAAUGAUGACAUGAAGUCAAUUGCAGUAGCUAAUGUGCACGGACGUUUCCAAUUUCCUUUGAAGAAAAGGGACAGUGGAAAAAGGAAACGUUUGUACGCAGGCUAUGAAGUUAAUAAAGGGUACUAAAACAUCUUAUCAUCUAGAACCGAUAUAAGACCGAAUGAAAUAACUUUUCUGACCAUUUUUUCGUAAGAAACUGCAGUGACUGUCCUUAAUUUUCUAUCUUCAGUUUGAUUUUUACAUUGUGUUUGUUUCAUCAAGCACUUUUGUAAGCUUUUCAAGAGGAUUGUUUGUCAACUUUUAAAUUUCGUUGAUCAUCAUGAUCUUAAUCUUAUGACGUUAUUUUUUUUUCAGUCCAUUGGCCUUCCUGCUAAACAUGGCCUUAUCCGAAACUCAAAGAAUACAAUGGCAAGAGCAUUUAAGAUAGUUGGAUUGAGGUAAUUUUGUUAUGUACCAGCACAGGUGGCCCAUCAUAAACUCAUUAGGAGUAGUGUUGAAUAAAAUGACUCAAUUUCUAGUAUAAAGGAACUUUCAGUUAAAAGCAUGACCAAUCAGAAGUUGCACCCUUGUCUGGGGAAUGUCAGACAGUUCGCCCCCCAGACAAUUCGCCCCCGACAACUAGCCCCCAGUAUACAGACAAUUAACCCCCAUUAUCUAGACGAUUAGCCCCGAAUGUGUAAACGAACUUCAAUUACCCGAUUUAAAAUAUCUUCGAAUCGCUCGUUUAAUAAAUGAACUGUUUUCAGUUCCUUUCUAACUGGCUAGUUUGCGUUUGCAUCAGGACGGCUACAGGACGGACAAAACCAAACGAUAUCUGCACCGGCUCUUACGGCAGCGCGAUAGUCUUCUUGAGAAAUACCUGUGAGAAAUCAGAAGAAGACAUAUCUAUCAGAAAAAGAGUCCGAAAUGUGGAAACUGUUACAAUCAUUACAGUCAAGUAUCACCAGAAGUAAAACCUUGAAUAAAGAUUCCAUAGCCUGAAUUUCAAAGAUCCCUGUUGUCCAUUGCAGAUCAAUCGUCAAUAAAUUUACUGAAUUUAGUUUCCAAUAAAUACUGUUCCGAUCUUAGGAAAAAUAAGUUUAAAAUUAUUACAUGUUACCUACCAGUAUUACAUGUCCGAUGGUUCCUUUUCAGGCAGCCAUCACACUGGAUGCCUUGCUGUCUGUCUCUUACUGGUUGUUUACAAAAUAUACAGUUGUCGGCCAUUCUGGUUUUUCGCUUGCGUAGAUUACGGUAAUAGAUUUCUGAGUUGUCCUGGGACGGUGAUCAAUGAUCGAAUGACGGUUCCAUUUAACGCUUCAGCUUUUAUACACACGAUCGGAUCACAUUAAUUCAUCUUAACCUUGAUUUGUUAGUUUCUUUCAUUCAUUUAAAUAGGUGAUAACUAAUGAUAAUUUGCUAAGGUUUAACGGUUUUCAAUAGAACUCAUACGUGUUUUCUAAGAGGUAAGUAAAGUUAGAUUCUCUAAAGUACCGGUAUUUAUGAAGUACCAACCAUCUUUAUCUGACUCACUGACAUUGGUGGAUAACUUUUCAUAAAAAAAUACGGCCUUCCAUAUAUUUCAGUUUAAUUAGCUUUUUGUCGAUGAAAAGUAAAGUGAAAGUAAUAUGCUUACAAUUACCUGCACAUAUAUCAACCGCACGGUCCUACCGCACGUGGAAAAGAUCGUUCGAAAAGGCCUGGGUUCAAAUAGAAGUGUUAGGUUAGGUCGUGUCAUGCGUCGAUCGACUUUAGGAUUUUCUUCAGUCUGGUUCUCCUUUAAGAUUUAAAACUGUACUCUCUGUGCUAACCCAGAUGUCAAGGAUAUUUUGUCUGGGUAGUGACUUGUCGUCAAUAUGGAAUUUCUGCACUUGUUCCUCAGAUAUUAUUUUGUGAAGGAACCAGUUGUGGUGUCAUGAAAUAUCGGUGCUGUUUUCUCAGACUAGGAUCCUAAGUCAUCUUUAGUAUCUUUUUUUGUAGGUUAUUUCUAACUGGUUAAAGAUAAGAAACCUUCUUUUGUAAUUAGUAACAGGGCUGACCACAAAAUACCUGGACACCUGCCCUUUAUGCUACAGUCAUACCCCUAUUAAAUGGCCACCCUCAGGGUAAUGAAAAGUGGCUGCUUACACUGUAAUAGGGGUUGCGGGUGCUCGCUUAAUAUGAGUUCAUCAGGAAUUGGUCUGAAAUUAAUUUUUUACUUGAAACAUCAAUUUAUUCAAAUGCAAGCAUGCUUAAAGGCUUUAGACAUCUGUUGCAAAAAAUAAAACGUUUAAAAAAUUUUUUUUAUUAUUAUUUUUUAUUAUUUUUUAUUUUUAAUAACAUUUAUUCAAUCAACAAUCAACAAUCAAAAAUACUUACAAACACUACGAUACUUACACUACUUACAAUACAAUAUUUAGAAUACAAUAGACUAAGGUACUUACUCUGUUUACAAUGUAAAGACUUACAAUACUCAGUACUUACAACACUACUACUCACUACUCACACUACAAUGCACUAUUUACAAGCAGUUCUAAUUAGUAAUUGUACUUCAAAACCAACAUUUAUUCACGGUAAACGCACUUAUAAAAACGCACUUAUAUCUUAAGUGUCUUAAAGAGGCAGCGAUUGUGAAGCUAAAGAUACACCAGGUUAAUGCUGGAGAAAAUGAGCAGAGGAUCGAGAUAUACAAAUGUAUACAAAAUCAAAGGCUUACUGAAAUAAGGAGCUCACAUUUUCCCAUUUUUUUGGUAAAAUGGGACCUGCAGUGGUCUCUAUGUGGUAGAAUGAUUUGAGGUAUUGCAGGAAGCCAGCUAUCUUUGGCGAGGUUUCCCUUCUUUUGCUAAUCCAGAUGUAAUUUCUGGCUAGAAGGAAAAGGAAAUUAAUCUGCUGGCAGUUUUUUGAAGAAUCCGGCUUUAGACCAAGUACAACAAAUAUAUCUAAUGUGUAAUGUUCCGGUGUAAUGUGGAGCAAAGUCAGCUUAAGAGAUAAACUAUGCCAGAAAAAGGCCACUUUAGGACAAGACCAAAAAAGAUGAAGAAGUUUCUCCGGUUCAUUAUUACAAAAAGAACAAUUUGGGUUGUCUUUUACGCCAAUUUUUGUUAAGAAGUCGUUCGUUGAUAUUCGUCUAUGUAAAAAUUUAUAUUGGAAUUCAAUCAUUCUUGUACUUUUAGUAUAUUUAGCGGCCAACUGGUAGGCUUCCCGCCAAUUAAUCACCUCCACAUCAUUUUCGUUGCAGUCUUUAAGCCAUUUCUGUUGAUUAUGGGAUGGUAACUUGCAUUUUGUAGAAAGCAACUUGGUGUAUACAAGUUUGCUCGCACUUUGGCAUUCUGUUAAUCUUACUACAAAGGUUUCAUAAUUGUUGCAGUUUUUGAUGCAGUUUGUUUUACAUGUAGUCCAAAGAGAUUUUAGAGCAGACACUAGUCCGAAAUACUUUAAAAGACAAACUUUGAGGCUGUAUUUUUGCUGCAGCUCAGCUAGUGAUAAAAAUUUGUUCUGUUCAUCUUUCAAAUGUUUCACUUUCGUAACGCCUCGAUCAAACCAUUCACGAUAGAAGACGGGACAGUUAUCGAUUCUAAUGAGUGAGUUGUGCCAUAAAGUUUGUUCAAGAAAUUGUUUGUCGGACGUUAUGUUUUCAUCAAAAUUGACUUCCGCCCAGAUUGAAAGUAUCUCUUUUAUAAAGUUAUUCUUAAUCUUGAGAUUCUCAAUGGUAUCUUUCUUGUUUUUAACGUUUAAAAAUUGCACAAAAUCAAUUUUAGAGAAUCCUGCCAGGUCUCAACAUGAACCAGGUAAAGUUUUACACUGCAUUUAUAUUUUGAGUAUUUUUUACCAUCGGUUUAAUUGCUUACUAAACACGUAAAGAGUAAUUAGUAAUCACGUAAAGAGAACAAUAAACGUGUGUUGAAAAUAUAUAUUUAUUAUUCAUCACUUACUGUUUUGGAUUCUUAUCUGUCAUCGCCUUAUCAAAAAUAAAGCAAAACCACAUGUAUUUAAUUUUGGGUGGCUGCCUAAUAGGGGUAAAAACAACAAAGAAUCUUGAAUCAUCGGGACGACCAAAAGGUGGCUGCUGUUGCUUAAUAGGGGUGGCCACUUAAUAGGGGUUUUAUUUACAGUGUUUAAUCAAAAAACCUAAAAAUCUCCUUUUGCCGAUUUUUCCACCUGAUUUUAAAACUUUUUGAAUGGUCAGAUUUGUUUGUUUUAUGCUGAAAAGUGGAUUUUUCUCUAAAAGCUUGGUACUUUGCUUAACCUAGCCUGUUCCAGGCGUUCAGAUAGUGGGGAGCGGUGCAAAGUAAAAAGGAGCGCGAAAAAAUAAAAGCAAGGAAGGGGGAGAGGUGAGAGAGGGAACGCCUGUAAGAUUUGUUUUAAAUAGACUCAUUCGCCCACUCAGGCCGCAUCAGCUGUAGGUGGUCUUCACUUAUCAAUCAAGACUGGUGUUACAGCCCCACACAUUUAUUAUUUUUCUUGCGAAUAAAUCGAAAUUUCUCAGAUCAAAAAUUAAUAUAAUGUAUACGUAAUCUUAUAACUAAAAACCUAAUUUAAGACUUUCAGACAAUACAGAGCGGGAGAAGUAUUCAUGCACAAUCAAUUUAUUUACGGCUUUAAAACAUGAUUUCAGCGUGUACAUGACAAAAAAAUUAUGAAUCAAGUGACAAACAAAUAUCGCUCAUUUCGAUAGAAACUGAAGUCGUUUCAAUACAGAUCGUUGACUCAAGCAAUGAAAAUGCACAACAAUUGAAGGGAAAAUUUACUAUUCGGUGAUUGAGUGGGCCUCGUCAAUAGCGAUAGCUGCAACUUGCUUUCCAAGCUUUCCUUUGUGAAGUCCUUUUGUCCAUUCCUUAGACAGCCACGAUUUGGGACUGCAGUAUACAAUUUCACAGCUUCCACUUUUAACGGCCUUGUCCACAUCUUCUCCCAUCAUUGCCGCCGCUACUCCGAUUUUGUUCAAAUGUUUUACUUAGUCUUUCAUGAUGGCAAUCAACGGAGUUACCACAACAAUCGUAAAUGGCAUUCUAUCCUGCCUUCAUUCCAACGCAUGCUUUAUUCGAGGAAAAGGCUGGAAAAUAAGGCUUUCCCAAAGCCAGUUGGUGAAAUUGCGAAGACAUCUAUCCUGCCGACUGCGUGUUUUAAACAGUUUCUUUGCUCUCCCCGUUUAGCCUCCAUGUUUGGAAAGUCACUCAGCGCUGUGUUUGUUGCGAGUUCCAAUUCUGCGUGACGGGACGUAGAGUCUGUCAUCACCGCCAUAUCCCAUUUCUCGCUGUGAUCAAAGACACUCCACUGUAUACAAAAACUGUCAAAAUCAACCAAUCAGAGGGUAUACCAGGAUCUGGUAUACCGGAACGCAAUUUUGUUAAAAAUUCUUACAAGCGUUCCCGCACCUCUCUCCCCAGUCCCCCUCUACUUUUCAUCGCUUUCUUUACUUCGCACCGCUCUCCACUAUCUGAACGCUUGGAACAGCUAGGCUAUGCUUAACCCAUUUGCCCCUGGAAAUUGUGCCGAAAAAUGCAUUUUGAAGCUAGUCAAGCAGUUUUCUGGUCACUGUUGUGCUAUAAAGAGCUAAAACUUACUGCAAAGUCAUUUACAGGUUGUCGCUUGGCUGCCUUCUGAUCUAGAUGCAAAAUAUUAGCCCUCAAAGUUCGGGCAUGUGGAGAAAGCAAAAUUUUGAGGUUUGGGUUAAAAGUGACACAGCAAUCUUGACUUUUACUUAUUCGUUUUCUCUCCUCCUCUCUUUUUCACUUUUCUCGCCUUUUUUUUUUCUUUUGCUAGGCAUUUAUUAGGCUUCAUUCUGGUGGGAAAAGUUUUUAGGAAAGUUUUUAGGAUCUUAGGAUUAGAUGAAAGGAAAGGGAGGUGGGUAGUGGAACAAGAUUUUCAUGGAAAUUUUCACAUAGUUUUUUUUUGCCUUUUUCUCCGGUGUCCUUGGCUGAACUGUGUUCAUUUUGGUGUGCUUUGAAAGAUCUCUUCACUCUGCCCAAGUUAGCGGACAAAGUAGUCCUUGACCAUUAAAACUGAUGACGUAACAAGUCUUAAAAGGGACAUGGAUCUGCAUGGGCGGCUAUGUGCAGCUCAGGGGUGUAUGGGUUAACUGAAAAUGAUUUGGGGAUUUUGAUAACUGGCUGCUUAAUAAGGGGUGGCAGAGCUGUCAAUAAUGGCCGGUAGCUGGCCAAAACCGCCAGCUACUUUCAUCUCCCUUUACCAUAACUGCUAACAAAAAAAGCCCUACAGAAUGAAAAAUUGUAAAGCAUCCAUUUCCCAGUUUUGAAUGACAUUGGAUGCAUAUUCAAACAGGUUUUGAUCUGUGAAAUGUUCGAACCGUGUGAUGUCGAGGCUCUCCUGGGACAUUUCGGUGGCAUUGUUCCCAUAAAAAUGGCCAAAAAUGAGUUGUGCAAGAAAAAAGGCAUAUUUUUCAACUAAUCUGAUGUAGUUAAACAGCUUAUUUGUUUUUCAUGCAUGUGCAAAAGCCAAAAUCUGGUCCUUUUAUGCGAAUCUAGUUCGAUCUUUCUCUCUCGCUCUCUUUUUUCCUUUGCCGUUCUUGAUUAUUAGCAGUUUUGUUGCCCACUUUAUCGUCCUUCUUUUGCAUGGAAUUGUGGCUGGCUAACUUUUUAGGAAAGUGGCAAAUUUAGUCUUCAAAGAGUAGUUUGAAAACAAUGAAAUUCCCCAAAAUGUUACCUUUUUCGUGAGUGUAACUCUUACAGGAUUGGUCAGAAUAUCCAAAACGAGGUAUCACUGGAAAGAUCUAUCUUUGAAGAAGUUGUUGUAUAUCAAUUUAUACCCUGCAAGCAGAGGUCCGUCAAUCUUCCUAUAUAAGUCGGGAAGGCUUAAGGAGUGUUCCGUGAAAAGACAAACCGGAACAAUACUCAAGCCUCGAACAAAUCAAGUUUCGAAAUGCAAAAACUGAGUCUCGAGUUUCAAGAAACAGCAUUUUUAUAUUUCGCCACUCGAAAGCUUUUCGAGAAACGAAUUACUUCUCGAAACAUAACAAUCACCACUUGCACGUACAGUGAAAGCACCGACCAACAACACUUGCGCAUUAAGUUUUUAGGUGGUAAAAAAGGAUGAACGAUAGGUUUUUAUCUGGAAGUUUACAAAAUUAACUCAGUAUUUUAGUAACAAGUCUAUCGUUUGAACUGUCAGCUUUGCACUGUUUUUUAUAUUUGUGAAGGUUUGUAUUUACGUGCGUCGCACGUGACUGCGUGAAUUAAAAAGAGAUUGAAAUAUGAUCUUGAAUAGCCACUUUCAACAACUGAAAUGUUUGCUUGUUUUUCUAAAGUUACCACAAAAUGUACAGCAAACAAUAGGGAGGCGUAGAUAACACUGAAUAAAAUAAUGAUAAAAGAAACCUCCGAGGGUACCAUUCGUGUUCGUAGCAAGAUAGAAAACACUACAAACUUUUCCAUGGAUUGAGACUUUUUUACUUUUUUACGUUUUUACUUCAUGUUGUAGUGACCUAACGUUUGUAACGCUGAAAGAAAAGUCAUGAUUUUAUCAUCAAAGUUUUUUUCGAAGACUAUUAAAUUUAUUUGACACCAUUUUCAGACGAGAAACUUCAACUGCUGUGAUGCGGAGGUUCAAGACAUAGUGCUGUGUGUUUACCUUUUUUGGGCAGAAAUAUUUUUUUGCAUAUAGCCGACAAUCAAAUGUUUUCCGUUGCCGUUUCAAAGGGCAGAAUGAGUGGGGAAUUUUGUUGUUUGUUCACUGGAAGUUAGCCUGAGAAACACAAGUUUUAGGUGCCUGUUCGGGCUCCCUGUUUGAAAUUUUGUUCACCCAAGGGUAAAUUGUAGCACCCGGGCGCUCGUUAGGCAGCAGCCUUGAACUUGCUACUUAAAAACGUUUUGACAGCCCUGGCCUAGGGUGAUUGUAUUUGUUAGAAUCAUGGAAGCCAUUCAAUACAUUAUUGAAAUUUCUUCUCCAAUGUUUAAAUAGGUUUUCUGCCGAUGUAGUUCAAGAAGAGGUGCAAAUAUCUGACUGCAAGGUAAAUAAAACUGUGGCUUUAAUUAUUCUACAAACAUCAGAGGCAAAAACCAAACAAAUAGUGACCACAAUGUUAGGUGUUUUAGCUGUAAAUUUUCACCCAGCUGCAUCAGUGACUCCAAAAAGUCAUCUUACAAAAAGCACAUUGGCACUAAAUGUUAGUUUUAAUUGGGGAUGGUAUAAACCUUUCACUACCAAAAUGAAUGAUGCAGUCUUGUAUUAAAAGGUGAUUCUAACUUUUGAGUAUGUGGAUGAAUCCUAUGGUGUGACCAUCCAAACUGGACCUUCGAUAAGGCCUUCGAUACAGUGGAUCAUCCCCUGCUGCUGCAAAAAUUGACGCACAUCGGUCUUACCACCUCUACCACCCAGUGGUUUAGAUCGUACCUCACAAACAGAUCUCAAAUUACAUCAGUUGGAGAUGCUCACUCUGCAUCUACCGAAAUGCCUAUUGGAGUACCCCAAGGAAGUAUAUUGGGACCUUUAUUGUUUUUAAUUUACGUGAAUGAUCUUCCGGACUGUCACCUGGCAAGCGAUAUUAUUCUUUAUGCAGACGAUACUGUACUCUAUUACUCAUCCAAAAGCAUCAGUGAUCUUGAACAUCACAUCAAUGCUGACUUGGAGACAGUGUCUGAGUGGUUCUCUAGAAAUCUCCUGACACUAAAUAUAUCCAAAUGUAAUUUUGUUAUCUUUGGAAGUCCUCAGAAACUGAAUCGUAUUCAAGGCAUUUCGGUUAAAGUAGAGGGCACUAGCAUUGAAAGAACACAAUCAUUCAAAUACCUAGGCGUAACGCUUCAACAGUCUAUGUCCUGGGCAGAUCACGUCGAUGCUAUCAGCAUGAAGAUUAAUCAGAGAAUAGGCCUAAUUAGGAGAAUCAGGAAUCUAUUGCCGCUACAAGCUAGAGUUGCCUUGUACAAUGCCCUAAUCCUCCCUCUUUUUUUGAUUACGGAGACGUUAUAUGGGGGACAAAAACAAUGACACCAUCAUGUCAGAAUUACAGAUUCUACAGAAUAAAGCUGCUAAAGUUAUGCUGGGGCAACCACCCGAAGCUCGUCAACUGAAGCACUGAAAAGUCUAGAUUUGAAGUCACUGUCCACAAGAAGGUUUUUUCAUCGCUGCAUUGCAAUCCACAAGUGUCUUAUUGGAGAAACCGAUUUCAGCUUUAAUUUUACUAAAAGUCAAGCUGUUCAUUCAUAUAAUACAAGACGCUCUAAUGAUAUUCGCUACCCCUACCCAGAACAAACUGGGGUAAACAAACUUUUAUUUUUCACGCCGCGAAGACUGGAACAGCCUUCCAAAUGAUUUAAAAGAGUGUAAUUUAUUUUAUCUUUUUAAAUCCAAGUUAAAAACUUUUUAAAAGAUCUCAGCUAAUUUUAAACCUUGAUGUUUUUUUUGUAUAAUCGAUUUUAAGAUUUUAAAUUUUUAAAUUUGUUUUACUUGUAAACAUAUUUUACUUUUUUCGUAAUUAUUAAUUAAUUAGUUAGAUUAAUGCAUGAGGGCCCCACUGAAAACCGCCUUGGCGAGUUGGGCUCCCUCUAUAAAUAUUAUUAUUAUUAUUAUUAUUAUUAAACAAAACCUCUUUGGCAACACUUUAACAUGCAUGGUGCCAGUUGGUUUUCAGCAUUUUACAAAAUUUGACUUUGGUCACUUAAUUCGUGGCGUGAAAUGGUUAAGAAGGGUACUCAAUUAAGAGGGGAAACAAGGUGCUUAACAGGUUAUUUUCCAAUUAAAUCUUCUUUUUCUGAAAGCAGAACAAUGAAAUACCUGAAACAGAUUUAAUGUUUUCUCUAACUGUACAUUGAUAUUGGCAUACUGUAGUCAAAAUGUAAAAAAAAUAACUGUAAGAGAAGAAAGAGGCUUUCCUUGUGAUAUCCUCCUCUUUUUUUGCACUACAGUUUUCUUUGCAAUAAUGGCCAGGGUAGGUGGGUGCUUAUUCAGUUAUAACUUUUACCAAAAGGGUCCAGUAGAGAUGCUGUUUUUAGCAAAAAUUUUUUUAUUUUCUGUGGAGAAAGCAGGGUAUUCAGUUACUUUUGGCACUCCAGGGUAAUGAUUGAGUACUUAAGACGUGUUAAGUUCCAUAUCAUUGGUAGGAAAGCUAUGUUGACAAGGCCUACCGUAUUUACCCGUGUAUAAUGCGCGCCCGUGUAUAAUACGCACCCUGAAGAAGGUCGACUUCAGGGAAAAAAGUGCGCAUUAUACACGGGUAAAUACGGUAUGUUAAAAAGCAAUGUGUCAAGAUGACUACAUUAACUAGAUGAGUAAAUGAACUUCAGAGAUUUCGCCCCUGAAGUUCACUUUGUUGUUGCUUGGCAUGUGAUGUUUUUACCUCCGAUCUCAACAACUUUAUUCGCAAUUUGCUGAUUUACCCUUCUAUAAUUAACUGACUGAUAAAUCAGGGGCGGAUCCAGGAUUUUUUUUUAGGAGGGGGUGCACUCGUCUCUUGCUCUACUUCAACACCAAUAAUCCACAUAGUUUUUUUUUUUGCAGAAUACCAGCUGUAUUAGAAAACCGCAGGUCAUCUCAGGGGGGUGCGCACCCCCUGCACCCUCCCCCUGGAUCCGCCCCUGUAAAUCCUACAUAUCUUCCCUUUGAUGCCCUCUUAAUUCUUCUUUAUUUGCUUUUAUAAUUAGAACAGCCUUUUGUGGCAUUGAGUGUUUAAGUAAACAACUAGGAUCCAAGGUUCUGAAAUCUACUGACAUUUUCACCAACUGCCGACUCUAUCAAGCGACAAAGAUCAACUCCAAAACAUUUUUAACUCUCUUGCAGCAGAUGACUGAGAUAAGCAUCACGCUAAAAGCACUUGUAUUGACAUUCAAUAAUGUGAAAUAAUAUUGCUACAUGUAUCACUGACUUCUUGCGAGGCAUACAGAAUUUGUGGGUAAUGAUAAGAAUAAUCUUACUGUUGAUUGGUCACAUUACCAUGCGAAUAUAACAAUGAGAAAGGAAUGUUGGUCUUGGGCAAGCAGGUGUUUGUGAGGAGUUAAGAAAUACAACUCCCCUAAAAAUGCCUGCGUGUAUGUACUCAGUGCUUGAUUUAGACUGUUUUACAAAUUUAUCCUAACGCUUGAACUAACGAGAAUAAGCAGAAAUUACCAGUCAAGUUCUGAAAUUUGUUUGGAUCUCCAAAGAUGGUAUCUUCUGUGUAGUGCAAGUGAAGGAAGAAUAAUUAUUCUCUGACUGACUGAUUGCCUGAUAGAGUGUUGUCUGGCUUCUGGUAAAACAGCUGUGUCAACAUUUGAGAAUUCAUUUUUCCUUUUUGUUAUCAGAUUGUUUGUAAAGAUGGAGAGCCUACAUUUGAGGUGGUAGUGAAUGAAAAACCAAGGUUUUUCUCUCCUAAAGAUGUUGUUAGGAUGAUUUUUCAGAAAUUGUUAGGUAAGGAAUCUUGUUCCCUCUAAAGGAACAAUAAUUGUAGGUUUUUAUUGCACAAUGUUAAUCCUCAUUCUCUUAUCUCCCACAGAAUCUCCUUCCUUUUCCCCUUUCAUUUGUAUAUUCACUCUCAGUUUGGUGAAUAUUUUGCAGUUUAAUGAUCCUGGCUUUAAUUCUUACUUGUUUCGAUACAGUUUUUCAGAGGCCAUACUGAUAUUAGUUUUUCAGUCGCCUUAGAGGUGGUUUUUUCCAUGUCCGAUCGCUAUAAAAUUUUCACCAGUAAUUGGCUAUGGAUUGAAAUUUGUGAAAAUGCAGUUUUAAGUAAGAUCGAUAUUACUAUGACAACAAUAAACAAAAAAAACUUUGAAAUUGAUAGCCUGCGUAGAGAACAAUAUUUUUAGUUUUUUAUGAUACACAGCAUGCAUUCUUUAAGAGAUACCCAGUUUUGACUUUGUUAUCUCCUAUUUAUUGUGCCUGUGGUUAAAAGCGAUUUAAAGCUGUGUGUUAACCAUCAGUUUGUUGCUCCAUCGCUCUAUAAUCAGAUAACCCAUCUGAUCUUCAUAACAGAUAUAUUUAGACCAAAGAUAAAAAUUUAUGUACAAUGCUUUUUGGCAGCACGCUUUGUUUGUGCGAGGUCAGUUGUUUUCUGUCAAAACUUUUGACAGAUCACCGAACGGCUGCCAGGUAAUUGGAGAGGGAGCGGAAACGAUUUUCGGGUGCCUUCCUUGCCGGGGCUACCUCUCCCCUUGCAUGUCUCCUUCUCGCGUGCCCGUUUUUUCUUGUACCCACUACUUCCAAGCGCCUGCUACGCAGGCUAUCAAUUUCCAAGUUUUUUUUUGUUUAUUAUAUCGAUUUUACUUAAACUGCAUUUUCACAAAUUUCAAUCCAUAGCCAAUUACUGGGGAAAAUGUUAAAGUGAUCAGACAAGGAAGACCACUUUUAAGGGGAUUGAAAAAUAUCGGUAUGGCCUCUGAAAACUGUAUCAAAACACCUUAAUCCCAUUGAGUGAAAAUGAAUGUUGUAAAGAGAAAAGAGAAAUUUGAUUCUGAUUACAUACCACUGUGGCCUCAGUAGAAAGAGCAAAAUCUUACUCCACCAUUAGAGAAAAGAUCAUUCCCGCAUUUUUGUGAAUAAAGGCAGUGACCCAUGACUGGAAGUGACAAAAUCAAUUGACCUCGUUUUAUUGAAAAGGUUUAUUGUGCAAUAUACUUAACAUGUGUUUCUUCAAGUAAGUGUGUGUUAUUUUUAGAAAUUGCUCAAGCUAAUGGUGGAAAUGACAUUGAAGAUGCUGUUAUUACUGUACCUUUACAUUUCAGUGAUGAACAAAGAGUAGCCAUGAGGUAUAUAAUAAUUAUAUCAUAUUCAUUUGCUGAACUAGUUGUUCCUUAUUCUCACCCUUAGAAAAAAUCAUACCCUGCAAGAACCGUGUGAGAGCCCUGUGAAAUCCUGUUUCCAGCCCUGUUUACGUUAUUUCAGGGCUGUAAACUGGCUGUAACAGGGCUGUGAGUUAAAACAAGUGGAGCUGUGACAGGGCUGUAAAAGUGUACAUAGUUAAGUGUAACAAGCCUGUUACAUGGCUGUGAAAAUAUCCAGUUACCGUAACAGGGUUAAGACAGGGCUACCUAGUAAUGCAGAAGAACUAGGACAGGGAUGCAGAAUGGCUGUGUUAGGUACAUUUGACAGUAACCGGGUUCCUGCAGAACUGCGAGAUGUCUAUUUCUGUUCACACAAUGGAUAAUAAUUAAAGGGCAGUAACAAUGUAGCCAAGUACAGUAAACUCCAUAAAUCAUGAAAGAUGGCAAUAUUUUUCAAAGUCUAAAGUGCUAAAAGGUGCGAGGGUCAGCUAGAUGAUUAAUACAAAUAAAACGAAAAAGAACUUGGUGAAAAUGGUAUCGCUAAAUCAUCAAACACGAUUAUUGUACACCUUUUAGUAUGCUGUUUUUGGUUUUGUUUGGAUUUGCUUCGUUUUUUUCUUUUUUUUUUUUUCAUUGACACUUACAUUAAUUAAUUACCGAUGUUGUGGCUACCUUUGUAGUUUGAAGUUGCUUCCUUUUUAGACUUUUAUCUCAUGUUAAAAACGAAGACCUUCUUAUGAUUUCAUCAGCUCCUGUUCUUCCUGUUCUUUUAAAUAAAAAAACCGCUGUAACUUAAUUUUUUACAGCAAUGUACUAAAAAUGAAAGACUUUCAGAUCACUUCAAUUUGUUUUCCUACCUGAGAGACAGGAGAGACCUCUGCAAGCAUGGAAUUAAAUAUUUUCAUUCCGUGACAGACACACGCCAUCGGUAAUUCCCUGGAGAAAUCCAAGACCUUAAUCUUAUUGGUCAGCACUUUUACCAGAAGAUCGCAUUACACAUCUCCAUUCCUCAAACGACUCACGAUUAUUUGAAUGAAAGGGGAAAAUAUUCAAACGUUUUCUGCAUCCAGUUUGGAUUGAAAAAGGCUGUAGAACAUUUUUUGCUGCUUUUGAAGCAGAGAGUGAAAAAGUAUUAGCAAAAAAAUAACCCUGCUUUGACCAGCUCUCAACGAAUGGGAAACAGAUCGAUCUAGUGGACAGAGAACACUCCGCGGCACUUGCAAGAUUCAAAGAUUGUUUGCCCUGCCUAGUAAUUCGUACGCCAUUGAACAAUUCAGCAACAACUGAAACAACAUAGGCACGUUAAACGUACAUGAGCUAUUUUGAAUGCUUCAGUGUAACCUUACCAAGAAUGAUGAAUCUACCUUUUUCGUCCUAAAUAUAGACUGGGUUUUUGUGCAAAAUUGGGUAUUGCCGUACAUAAAUGAAAACGCGAAACGCUCAGCUGCGUCGAUCCUCAUGCUAUAUAUUCACUUUCCUCUGUCUUUCCCUGUUACAUUUGGUGCAAGUUCAACAAAUUAUUAAAGUUAAAUAAAUAUCUACUCACCAAACGUUGAUUAGAAGGAAAACUCUAAGGUUUCCUCGGAGUUUCUUAAGCCAAAAUGUGACUCAUCGAAUUCGAGUAGUUAAGAAAUACCAGGAUUCUUAUCAUUGUGGUAGAUGGUUGCGUCAUCACAAUUCAAGAGGUUUUCACGUGCGAUUCUACUCAGUGAAACAGUCCUUAACUCCAACAACUUAUUUCUUCAUGUUUUAAAAGCUAUUGCUUCUUAAAAGAAUAGAGCCUUUUUUAAGGCAUUGGUUACAAAACGAAACAGGUCUUCGUACGUUCAAGUUACUAUUAUUAUUGUAAAAAGCCAAUCUGCAUGAGACGUACAGUCACACAACUGGCACGUGAAAGUGUUGGACUUUGCCCCCUUACGUGGUUCGUACGUGAGGGAAUUCGAGUUAUCACACGUUAAUCUAGUAAACAGAAUUAAAAUAACUCAUGCACACAAUUUGCACGUGAAGAUGUUGGCCUUUGGCCCUUUUACAAUUCGUACGUAAAAAAAACGCAAAUUGUUUACUACAAAAUUUUCUCAACGAUUUUAAGAAAUCACCUCGGCUUCAUUACAACAUCUGCAAUUAAAUUAUGUUUCAUGCAACGUCAAGGUUGAUAGCCUAACAUUUAUUAACUUUGUAAGCGAGAGAAUAAUAUUUUUAAAGCUUGUUUACAGGAUUAACAAUACUCGGUGCAUCUUUAAAAAAAAUAAGCUGCCUUUCAAACUUGUAAAACCACAUUUUAUAUGCCGCAUACUUUCAAAUUAAAGUCCAUAUCUAAAUAUCAAUUAUUGCUUCACUGGAAGAGCUUUGAAAAUAUAUGAUCUUUUAUACUCUACCUUGAAGCAGGUGAAACACAACUCAUAAAUACGUGCGUCAGUACCGUUCGCGAUAGUAUACCUGCCAACUUUCACGCCUUAGGCGUGAGUCUCACGCCUGCGGGUUGAAAACUUCGAUCUCACGCCGGCUCACGCCUGCGGGCCAAUUUCUCACGCCUGAUUGAAAAAUGUGAGUUGUUGCCGUCCUGCUUGACACAAUUUCCAAAAAUAUGUUAACUCAGACCCAUGUAAGGAACGAAAACCAUGUGUAAAAUAAAUAAAUGGCAAUACCUUCCUCGCGAUCUCUGAUUUUUGAAGUGAAAAGCACUGGGAGCGAGCUCGCCUUUGGCAGACUUCGGCAGACUUCGGACGUCUUCGGAAGGCUUCGGACUUCUUCGGGAAUCUUCGGAAAUGAUCGUGUCGUCUUCAAAAAUCCCAGCACUCCCAGGAUAAAAAUCUCACGCUUAUAUCUCAGAAAAAGUUGGCAGGUAUACGAUAGCUGAAUUCGGUCAGAAAUGUCUUGAAAUAGCAUCCUCACUAAAAUAUGAACCCUUAAACGGCUGCAUCACUGUACACAGCGUUUGAAUCAUGAAGAUGUUUAAUAUAAUGUUUUCAAACACCUGUAGCCGUAAUAUACGACGAAAAAAUUGUCAAGAAUCAAGAUGGCGGUCUCAAAGUGCCCUUGUUCGACCUUUAGAGCUCUUUAGCAAUGUCAUGUUUAAGUAGAUGCCAAGAUCUCAUUGGUUCCUAAGCAUCAACUCAUAGUACCUUCAACCUUAUUGGCUCUUGCAACAAACAUCCGAACAUACAAAGUUACAAAGAUACAAAGCCACAGCAAAGCCACAAAGAUACAUACGUUCACACCACUGACAUAUGAGCUAUUUUUUCAAAAUAGCUCAACAAAUGGAUUGGCUCUUUUCAUAAGGAAAUGUAACACAUUGUGGAUCAUGAAGGAAAGACGAUCGAGGUGAGCGAUUUCAAAUUAAGCUUGUUACAACGAACAAAACAACUAACAUAGGCACGUUCAACGUGCAUGAGCUAUUUUGAAUGCUUCAGUGUAACUAUAAUACUUCGGUGUAACCUUACCAAGAGUGAUGAAUCUAUCUUUUUCAUCCUAAAUGUAGAUUUGGUUUUUGUGCGAAAUUGGGUAUUGCGCUACAUAAAUAAAAACGCGAAACGCUCGGCUGAGUCGAUCCUCAACCUAUGUAUUCACUUUCCUCUGUCUUUCCCAGUUACAUCUGGUGCAAGUUAAACAAAUUGCUAAAGUAAAAUAAAUUUCUACUCACCAAACGUUGAUUAGAAGGAAAACUCUAAGGUUUCCUCGGAGUUUCUUAAGCCAAAAUGUGACUCAUCGAAUACUGAAUAGUUACGAAAUACCAGGAUUUUUAUCAUUGAGGUAGAUGGUUGCGUCAUCAUAAUUCACGAGGUUUUCACGUGCGAUUCUACUCAGUGAAACAGUCUUUCACUCCGACAACUUAUUUCUUCAUGUUUUAAAAGCUAUUGAUUCUUAAAAGGCAAGAGCCUUUUUAAGGCAUUGGUUACAAAACGAAACAGGUCUUCAUACGUCCAAGUUACUAUUUAUCAUUGUGAAAAGCCAAUCUGCAUGAGAUGUACAGUCACACAGCUGGCACGUGAAAGUGUUGGACUUUGUCCCCUCUCGUGGUUCGUACGUGAGGGAAUUCGAGUUAUCGCACAAUAAACUAGUAAACAGAAUUAUAAAAAUAACUCUUGCACACAAUUUGCACGUGAAGAUGUUGGUCUUUGGCCCUUUUACAAUUCGUACGUUAAAAAAAAGGCAAAUUGUUUACUACAAAAUUUUCUCAAGCGAUUUUAAGAAAUCACCUCGGCUUCAUUACAACAUCUGCAAUUAAAUUAUGUUUCAUGCAACGUCAAGGUUGAUAACCUAACAUUUAUUAACAUUUGUGAGACAGUCUUAUACUGCGACAACUUAUUUCUUCAUGUUUUAAAAGCUAUUGCUUCUUAAAAGACAAGAGCCUUUUUUAGGGCAUUGGUUACUAAACGAAACAGGUCUUUAUACGUUCAAGUCACUAUUACUAUUGUGAAAAGCCAAUCUGCAUGAGAUGUACAGUCACACAGAUGGCACGUGAAAGUGUUGGACUUUGCCCCCUUCCGUGGUUCGUACGUGAGGGAAUUCGAGUUAUCACACAGUAAUCGAGUAAACAGAAUUAUAAAAAUAACUCAUGCACACGAUUUGCAUGUGAAGAUGUUGGUCUUUGGCCCUUUUACAAUUCGUACUUUAAAAAAACGCAAAUUGUUUACUACAAAAUUUUCUCAAGCGAUUUUAAGAAAUCACCUCGGCCUUAUUACAACAUCUGCAAUUAAAUUAUGUUUCAUGCAACGUCAAGGUUGAUAGCCUAACAUUUACUAACUUCCAAGAAAAUUAUCAAACUGCCGAAAUAUAUUUCUGCUCAUAUCAUGUUACUCCACUCAAUAAAGCAGUACCUAAUUAUUGUGUCAACUAGCUUCUUCCAAUUUUAUUCCCUAACGCUACUGUUUCUACUUAAGUUUAUACGCAUCUUUACUAAAUAAAAUACGUUUCAAUAACUAUAAUGCUUAGUGUUCAGGAAGGAUGUAUCAUGUUGUUCACUUAUUAUUCCUUUUUGUUGUUGUUUUGCCGGAACGAAAAAGGUCUGUUGAACUUUGUAAGCGAGAGAAUAAUAUUUCUACAGCUUGUUUACAGGAUUAACAAUACUCGGUACAGCUUUAAAAAAAAUUAACUGCUUUUCAAACUUCUAAAACCACAUUUUAUAGGCCGCAUACUUUCGAAUUAAAGUCCAUAUCUAAAUAUCAAUUAUUGCUUCACUGGAAGAGCUUUGAAAAUAUAUGAUCGUUUAUACUCUACCUUGAAGCAGGUGAAACACAACUCAUAAAUACGUGCGUGGUACCGUUUGCGAUAGCCGAAUUCGGUCAGAAAUGUCUUGAAAUAGCAUCCACACUAAAAUAUGAACCCUUAAACAGCUGCAUCACUGUACACAGCGUUUGAAUCAUGAAGAUAUUUAAUAUAAUGUUUCCAAACUCCUGUAGCCGUAAUAAAAGACGAAAAAAUUGUAAAGAAUCAAGAUGGCGGUCUUAAAGUGCCCUUGUUCGACCUUUAGCAAUGUGAUUUUUAAGUAGAUGCCAAGAUCUCAUUGGUUCCUUAGCAUCAACUCAUAGUACCUUCAACCUUAUUGGCUCUUGCAACAAACAUCCGAACAUACAAAGUUACAAAGAUACAAAGCCACAGCAAAGCCACAAAGAUACAUACGUUCACACCACUGACAUAUGAGCUAUUUUUUCAAAAUAGCUCAACAAAUGGAUUGGCUCUUUUCAUGAGGAAAUGUAACACAUUGUGGAUCAUGAAGGAAAGACGAUCGAGGUGAGCGAUUUCAAAUUAAGCUUGUUACAACGAACAAAACAACUAUAAGUCAACCUCGGAACCGUUGUUACAAUGGAACAGUUCCGCGUUUCAUCUUUAAAUAAUUGCUGACAAAAAUCGUUUUUUUGUUUUUUGAGACAGUUAUUGUAAAGUCGGCAUUUUGAUGUGCUAGUUGUACAUUAAAUCAAGCAACUAUGACCAAGUAUUUACAAGCCAGAUCAGACUGUUGUAUGCAGUUCAAAUUUUGUUCUGUUUAUAUUUUUACACACUGUAACAUGGGCACGUGAAAAAUAAAGUAACGUUAAGUUCUUAAUUGACUGUAUUUACUGUUUUCCUUUACUGAAAGUGUUCUUUCAAUGCAUGUUUGCUGAAAUGCAUUGCUUUUGUUUUAAGUACUUUGUGACUAAACGGACUAAACCAGCCGUUGGUGGUUCAACUUUGAAGCUUUUUGUGGCGCAAAUCGUUCCUUUGCUUCAGGAAUUUUCAUGAGUUCAAAUACGCCUAAAAAUGAUUAAGUUUCAUCUUCAAUAGAUAUGAAGUUAUAAAAAAUUAUGUUCUGAUAGUACUAUAAUCCUAAUGUAUAGAAGUAAAACGGCUUCUGUCUAAAGUGUAGAUUGUGUGAGAGGGAGUAUCACAACAUUGGCACCUGGUAAAAAAAACAAACAGCCUUGUUAACUGCCAAUUAACAAGUUGUAACAGGGUUGUGAUGCAUGAAACCUGUACCAAGGCUGUUAAAGGAAUGCCACAGUGUAAAAACAGCCUUGCUAACUGUGCCAAUUCACGAGCUGUGGCAGGGAUGUCCAUCACAGGGUGGAAACAGGGUUGUAACGUGGCUGUUACAGGGUGUCUACCAAGAAAUUUUGAGUUAAAUGUGACAGGGCUGUUCCAAGGCUGCUACAGGGUAGAAACAGCCUUGUUAACUGUGCCAAAUGACGAGCUGUAACAAGGUUGUUACAGGUUAGUUUUUCAACCCUGUUCCAGUGAUGCUACAGAGCUGUUACAGGGUAGAAAAUUUUGCACUUAAUUUUGCAAGUAUUAGAUUUUGUGAUUUUUGUGAUUUGGGAAAAAUCGUAAAAUUUAAUACUUACAAAAUCUAAUAUUCGUGAAGAUUAAAAUCAUGAUAUUAAAAAAAGCAGACAUAUACUUAUCCAUGAUAAUGGACCAACAGGAUAAGGACCUCCAUAUCAUGUCUGACAGAACAUUGUAAGAAUCAGUGAAGUUUGUCAAAGUGUAAAUAAUUAUUUACUAUGUAACUAUUUGCAGGUACCUGUUUAGGCUGUUGAAAACCUUAUGUUUUGUUGUGUUUAUCUCCGUUUUUUAUUGUCUUUUUUUGCUGUUGUUUACAAUAAAAUUAUUUAUUCUGUUACUGUUCUGAGGAAGUAUCCCAGCAAUGUAUUGUUAGUUUUGUUUUUUUGUCCAUUUCCUCAUCCAUCAAUCCCUUUUCCAGUUUACUUAGUUGUUGAUGAAAUAAAUAAAUGUAAUCAAAGACUAACUGCAGGUGCUCGAAUGUUAAUUAUUCAUUUUGGCAUACAUGUGGGGGUGGACAUAAGGGUAGACAGAGAGACAAACUGAUGGACAGAUGGUCUUAGACUGUCACAUUUUCUUGCAUCUAUAGGUUUCCAUUUUCUAGAGUAAUGAAGGUGCUGCUUGCUGCUCAUGCAAGAGCUCUGUUAUAAAUAAUAAAGCAGUGUGCUAUCUUCUAUUCAGAAAGUUAAGACUUUCUGUCAAUUAGUUAUUUAAUGGUCCAUUUCAAUUAGUCUGCUAGUCAAUGAGUCAGUUAGUCAUUUUAAUCACCAAUAAGGCAAUCCUGUGUUCCUAUCAAUGAUAUUCUAUAUUUACCAAAAGUAUGAGUUACACUCUGUGUUAUUGAACAUAUUUUUUUUUGUAAGAAUUUUACCAAGAGUAUAAACUUAAUUUCUAGAGAAGCAGCUGAAGAUGCUGGCUUCAAUGUUCUCCGUGUCAUCAGUCAACCAUCUGCAGCAGCACUAGCUUAUGGUAAUAUUCAUUUGUUAUUUGCUGUUGAUUGUGAUAUGGAAUAAUUAUUGUUAUUACUCAAGUUUAUGCCAUCACCCCAAAUGGAUUACUCUUUCAUCUGCAUUUUUCUGUCAAACAGAUAUUGGGCAGAGUGAUCGGACUGUUGUAAGGUAAGUGUCUUCCUAGCCUUUCAAGCCAGAUGUAGUUCCAUGUGUUUCCUCUCGUUGCUGAGGGUGACUUUAAAAAAAUUGUGUGUUUCAAGGUUUUAUAUAGGUUAUACAUAUAGAUAUAAUUUAUUACAGGGAGUUUGAUUCUUAAAAGUGACAACUUUUGAUGACAUCCAAUCCAAAUUACAACAAAUAUUAUUGUAAGUUCAGUGCUUUUCAUUUUCAACAUUCAAGGAAACAGUCUUGAUUCUUGGAAUUACUGUUAUAUUAUAACUGUAAGUAUUUCCCCCCUUAAAUCUACAUUGGUUGUCCAGGCUUAAAGUUAAUGCUGUCAAGUCAAUUUUGUACAAGAAUUUGUGCCCUAAAAAGCUUGAUUCUAUUGAAGUGAUGAUAAUUAGCAAAAAGAUCCUGUCUAUAAAAGUCGAACAGGGUACUAAUCCAAAAAAGUCACAAAGAUACUUCCAUUCUUAAAUAAAUGGUUUCAUUCCUUUCAAGGAUGGUAGUUGUUUACAGACUUGGAGGAACAUCACUUGAUGUAACUGUGUUGGCUAUUAGUGGGGGAAUGUACAGAGUUGUAGCUACUGAUAAUGACACAUCUAUUGGUGGAGUAAAGUUUGACAAGUUACUUGCCCAACACCUCGCUGCAGAAUUUCAAAGGUACAAAAUAUGGCAUGGUUUUAAUCAACUCUUGAAGAAAUUCACUAGGCUGGAUCGAGUUAGUUCAAAAAAUAAUAUUUAGAUUCUUUGUACAUUACCAAAAUAAUUUGAGAUGCAACAUUCAAGUGCACAGGUCACUGAAAACAGUGCAUUUGCUGUCUUGAAUGUUGCAAUCAACACCUAUUAUGAUAUCGGUUGUGAGAUGUUAAUAUUGCGGACAGCUUUUGAAACUGUUAGCAUCAUAACCUAGUUUUGCUUAAUUCUAUGUAUAGAGAAUCUACAUAUUAAUUUUUGGUUUUAUUAAAAAUUUCUAAAGAAACACUGUAGAUUGCUGAGGCAAACAAAGUGGCAAUGGUGAAAAAAAAAAAUUGGUCAGUGACAACAAACCAUUGACCUGACAAACAAGACAGAUUGACAUUCAAAACCACUUGGAUACUCCAUCUUUUUUCAGAAGACAGUGUUCAAUUUUUUUAAAAUGAAAACAGCCAUUGUGAGUUAUGCCGAGGUCCAUGGAUUGUGAAAUAUCUUGUAUGUGGUGUGUUACAUCUACCGGUAUGUUAUUACAUGUAAUUAAACUUAGAUCAGCAAUUCCCUUACUUGAUUCACUUGGUAUAUAUUUCUGCUGAUCAGAUCUUCUGUUGAUCCUAUGUCCUCCAGCGACAUAUUCGUUUGCACUUCUUUACAGUGUUUUUACGUGAUAAACAUUUUGAUUGCAUUUCAUAUAAAGGGGUAUGAAUACUGGUCACUCAUCGGUCAGAUUUUCACGCAGGGAUCGCAGUAUUUCAAAUGUUCCUUCUGAGCGGUACAUUCUUUGUAUCUGUGUGUGAUUUCAGGCAAUGGAAGCAAGAUAUUACGGGAAACGGCAGAGCAAUGGCUAAGCUUUUGGCAGGUGCUGAAUCUUGUAAACAUGUUCUUUCAUCCAGAGAUACAGCAACAUGUGCCAUUGAAUCUCUUUAUGACGGCAUUGACUUAAACAGCAAAGUGACAAGGUACAGCUGAAGUGUUAGACUGCCUGAGUAAACUGUCACUGGAGGACAUACAUCCUCUUUAGGCAAUAAGCGGGAUGGUUCUUAGGCAGGUAGUGGCGUUUGUUCUGGGUGACGGCCCGUGGCGAUAGACCCUCCUUUGUAUCAUUUUAGUUCUUUUGUAUGUGUGCAGCAAUCUCAAUACACCGGAAGGCUUUUUUAUUUUCAUCAGCAAACAAAACUGAUGAACUUUAAUAUAAACUAUACCUUUUGUUACUGUGUGUAUGUAGUCUCUCCCUACAACUGUCCUUGACAACGUUUUGAAAGGCUCAACUGUGCAGGCGACCAGUACUCAUGUGUGUGUGUGUGUGUCUGGUGGGGGGGGGGGGGGGUACGUGUGUAUUUAUUUUUCUUAUUUGGGCUAAAUACAAAGGUAUAAGUCAAUUUGACGGAAAUUUCCGACUUCAAACAGUUGUUAACAUUAUUGUAUACUUACUUGUAUGUGUAAAUACUUCCUAAUUCCUUCUGUUUGAUCUUUUUACAGAGCACGUUUUGAAUCUCUCUGUUUAAGCCUUUUUCAACAAACUCUUAAAACCAUUGAUAGAGUUCUCGCCAAAUCAAAUAUUACCAAGGACAAUGUAGACCAGGUAUUAUUAGCAAUACGUUUGGCAUUUAGUUUACUGCAAACUUUUCUCACUGAGUUUUUGUUGCCGACUACAAAUCAAGAGAAUUUCUCCUAGUUAGUACUAUAAGAAAAGUGAGAAAGGCCGUUAUUUAGGGUCAUUUGAGAGAUUUAAUCUUAAUGCGGUAACCUAAGCUAAUGAACUUUGUAGGUUAUGUCUUUUUCCUACUCGUGUUUGUAUAUAUAAUAAACACUUGCUGAUUUUUUGUUUUAUCAAAUGGUUACGGUUGAUGUCCACUGGCGCGUUUUUGGCUACGCAUGUUAAUUCAUGGAAGUAAACUUUAAUCACGUUAAAUAAAAUAGAGGAAAGAUAUAAAGUGUUGAGAUUAAACGUGAAGUUGAGCGAGUUUCUACUUUUACGCUUACGUGUGACCUUUCACACAUUGCCUCAAUUUUAUUUGCAAACAUAAAUUUUACGCAAGUACACACGUAAAAAUUACGCUAUAGUGGAAAUCAACCCUUUUAAUAAACUGAUUUAAUAGACUGAUUUAAUUGAGUUUAAUUGGUAGUCAUAUGCACCUAUUGGCUGUAAAAUGAACGAGCAGUUACAUGAAUUUCGAGUCCCCGGUGUGGCUUGUGUAAUGUAGUUCUAACGUGGGUCUUUUCAAAUGACUUUGCUUUCCUGUGAAGGUCAUAUUGGUAGGUGGUUCCACGCGUAUUCCUAGAAUCCAACAGUUGCUUCAAGAGUACUUUGUGAGCAAAGAGGUACUGCAAUCCAUAAGCCCAGACGGGGUGCUAGCCUAUGGAGCUGCUAUUCAGGUACAUGUAAUUGGUAUUUCAUUUAUGUCUAAUUUCAUAUUUUUUUUGUGGCUGACUAACUAACUGAAUCAUAACAAAAACUAACUUUUAUUUUGUUUACGAGCUCUUAAAGAAAAGUUGCAUUGAAGAAGAGAGUCAUUAACAGCUUUUGAAUUUAACGUUUGUGUGAAAAGUUUUCAAAAUGAUGAUAUGAAAUACGCUAUCAGUCACGUUCCAUCAGUUAGAUCGAAUUUGUAUGGUGAGCAUUUUGGAGUACUUUUAAAGUAGCUUCAUGAUUUCUUUUAAAUUGUGAUUAAUUAAUAAAGAAAAUCUUGUUAAGAUUAAUUUUUACACGUUUAGAACGGCAAUCUUUGCGUGUUUUUCUUCCAGGCAACUUUUCUUCUAGGAAAAGGAGAACGGACAAAUGACGACUUAGAAGAAGUGGAAUGCACAUCAAAAGCUAUUAGUGUUAUGGUGAGUGCGGCAUGGACCGAUCUCAAAGCGUAUGGCGUGAAAUUUUCGCGAAUCCGCAGCCUGUCUCAGGCUUUGAGUUAGCCGGGACAAGAAAAAAAGAUAAAAACGGCCAAGGACGUAUAAGUUUAGAGUUGCAUGAUAACUUGCCUUACAAGCGUUGUUUUCUAGCGGGAGAGCUCUAGGGUUUGCUCGGAUUUGUGGUUCUUUAUUGCACUUUCUGUUCUCUGCAAUAUUCCGAAACUAACGUACCUUACAAAUUUGUUAGGAACACAUUUAACCGACCAACAUUUGCGAAAAUUUCUUCCUAGAAUUUAAGAUUUUGAUUCAAUAUUCAUGAAAAUUUGUUCCCCGCGGGAUGUAAAAGUCAGUAAUAUAUGUGAUUCUCAGUGAUUAAUACAAUUUCAGUGAGUUUUGUUAUGUUGAGGAGAGGCGUUUGCAGCAAAGAGGACAAAAAUUUUGCUCUCAAACUCUGAUUCUGAUGAAGCAGAUAUUGACGUUUGAUUCCGUGGAUAAAGUUGAAAUGUGUCAGAAAAGAGACUCUCACAAGGCAUCUACAGAAAAGAACUUUGUCGCGAUUCUUUCUCUUUUAACUCUUGACACAGGAUAUCGAAAAAUGUCAACAUAACGACCAGUUUAUAAAUAUCAUGGUGCGAUAAUUUCAUUUCUGUGGUAAAAUAAAAAAGAUCAAAAGUCAUUCGCUCGUUCUUAGUAGACAUAGUAAGGCAACGUAAUUUUAAUUUCUUUUUCGUUCUCUUUUACAGUUAGAAGAAGCAAACUUACCUAUGCGUCAAAUUAUCCCCAAGUACACACCCAUUCCUUUGAGAAGAACACAUAAUUUCACAACUUCUUUAGAUAAACAGGUUUGUUUGCUUUUAUUUGUCCGUUCAUGUUCUAGCUUGAGACUCUAAGCCACACCAACGUAUGCACGUUACAUGUUUAUGUAAAACAAGUUUGAAUUUUUUUUCUACCCUACCGUGACUUAAGAAUUUUUACAAUAACUGAGCGAAUUCUCGCGCGCGUAACGUGUCGCGCAGUACCUGUUUUUUUUUUGGUUUUUGUUAAAAAAAAUAAAUGUUAUUGUAAAAAACCAAUCGACCACAAUUUUUCAUGGUCUACACUCUUAUAGACCAUAGAAAUGACGCCAUAAGAUGUUCAAAACUCAAGUGGAAGGCGAGUGGUUUUACUAUCAAGCUUUUGGUGUAUUGAAAGCUGCGCGUUUCGGUUUCUUCCUGGUACGGGCAAGGACAAUAUGGGUCCCAACAAGUGGGUGAUCUUUGCGUAUGACGGAGUGCCAGCCCAUGGAGAUUCGGCCACUCCCCUCGCCCUAUACGUACAAAGCUUAUGCCCCCCCCCCCCCCACACACACACACACACACACACACCCCUCGACGUCAUGGAACAGGUAUAAAAGCCGUCUGAAAGCACUGAAUCAAGGCGGACAUUUUCCGUCCGGAAAUUUAUGGUCAUAAUUAGGGCCAAGGCCUAGGAAUCCCACGAAAGGAGUUCGAACACAACAACUGUAGUGCUUGAAGCUCUCAGCAGAAACAUUGACUUUGUGACCACAGCUAAAUGUGCAAGGGCUACCAUUUUAUAAACCUGUCUGCCAAAAUGUUUACAUAGAGAGGUUAUUGAGGGAUAUAAUAGACUGAAAUUCAGGCCAAAAUGAUUUGUUUGAAUUUCUAUUGUUCAAUUGAAAAUCGCUUUUGUGUAUUAAAUGUAAAGAACGUUCAAUUGAUUGUACAAGUGUCUUAUCCAUCCUAAGGUUGUCCAGGAAUGCUAUUGAAUUACAAACAGUGUCAUAAAAAUGUUAAUGAAUAGAGUUUACACUUUAAUGUAUGCCAGUUGUCCCUAUUGACUUUCAAGAUGGUGUUAAUGACUUUGAUGUUGGCGUUGAUGAAAGUAUAUUUUUCUCUUUGUAUGCCGAAUGACGCAUAUGAAUGCCCAAAAGUGUUAUAGGUGGUUUUCAUGCAAUCUCGGGAGACACAAAUAACAAUUGUGAAAUGAACAAAUGUUGGUGGACAAACAAAGCAAGCUAAUGAGCGAUCUUUUGUUUACCGUUCACCAGCAUGGCGGCGAUGACGUAACAUGAAAACCACCUAUUGAAUGUUGAUUAAAAUGCAAAAAUCGUUAUUGAUUCUGAUUUAUGCGCAAAUGUUCAUAUUUUCGCGCUAAUGAAUGAAUCUUCGUACUGUUGGUCGCCGUUUCACUCAAAUGAUGGCGUAUUUUCUUGUAAUGAACAGCAAAUGGUGUAUUGAACUCUGUAAUCGUAAAAUAUCGUGAUUUAUCAGGAUUCACCAAAAUUUGGGGACGGGAUGCAGGAUAUUUUGGCCUGUCUUUCGGAAUCGGGAAAUCGUACGUUUUAGUGGCAAAUACGGAUCAACUGGGCGAGCGUUCAGUGGUUUCUCCUAUCAAAUCAAACUGUAAAUUGACUUAAGCUUUCAAAUAAUCAACAGAUGAGCGGACAGAAGACUCGACUCGGUUGCAACCGGAUGCCAGGAAAGUGCACGCGAUUCUAGCGUACCAGUAAUUGCUGAAGCUUUUUCCAUUUAUUGUAAAUCUUGAAGAAAUAAUUUUCUUGGUGUCGUCAGUUAAACUUGAGAUAUGGCCCGAAAUGGCGAAUAGUCAGUGAUCAGCUCAGCUCUGCCGGCUCCCUUGAAUCAGACAGUCAUAGUUUUGCUAUUCAGUCUUUCUUGCGGUCACAUGAGCCAGAAUAACCUACUCCAGGCAUUCAGAUGGCGGGGAAGACGCAAAGAAAAGUGAGAAGGAAAAAACAGCGAUUGAAUGGGCGUUGGGGGAGAGUGGAAAGAAAACCUCCUCUCUCUCCUUCUUGAUGUCUUCUGCUUUUUCUCCUCCGCUUCGUCAUACUUAGUUAUAAUUAAAAAUAUCAAUCGAAAGGGCCUAUCUCCAUCUUACACUUAUUAACCUUGUAGCAAUAAGACUUUUUUAACUUAUGAAUUUUGGAAAUAACAAACGGGAUUCGGGAAAGCGAUGAAAAAAAGUGCGGGAUGCGGGAUUUUCGUGAAAAAGGAGCGGGAAUGCUGACUUCCAGACCCUUAUGAAACUUAGAACUUAGAAUAAAUACAUUCAAAUCCAUUUGCGGUGUAAUCGUCCGGUCAAAAUUACCAGCAAACCGAAAGUUUAUGCGGACAAUUGGCCAUCUUGGCCAGACAUUGUCCGUUGACCGGCCGUUAUAUUGAGGACUUCAGCAGCGGGAUCCUUCAAAGAAUUGAGUGAAUACGAUCAAAUUACAGAAUCUUGCAUUGUACUCUAACUUUUAAAAAUUUACUUAACAUGCUGGAAGAAUGUACCAGUAAGCAAGCUUUUGGGGGAUAGCCGGGAAAAGAGCAUUAAAACAGUGUUGACUGCAUGUUACUGUUAAGUUCAUUGCUGCUUUUCAGUUAGUCUCUGUGUUUAUUUUGUGACAUGUGUGUUUUAAUCGUAUCUCACAUGUACAGGAGACUGUUUGUUUAUGCGUGUAUGAAGUGGACGAGGACGACUCUUGUGACCGUGGAAAGACUCUUCUGGCCAAGGUGGGUAGGAAUUGAAAUGAGCAGACGCUUCUUCUGAUUGCCGUUGAUUAUAAAGCCUUUUUUUAACAGUUCCCCGUUGCCGGAUGUUAUGUCAGGUAUAUAUCACGAAUACUCACCUAUUACAGAGCGUCCCAAAAGUUCGUUCCUUUAAAUUCAUGCACCACAACUUUUGAUCAAAACUUCAUUUUUGCAUGAAAUUGCUGGAAGAUGUUUAUUUCUCUAUUGAGUACAUGUAUUCAGAAUUUCAGUUACUGGCAUGCCAUUCAUACGCUCAUACCUAGGAUAAGAAUUCUUGACUCCGUGACUAACACCUACGCAAACCUUGAAAUUAAAGAUUAUGUAAAAUAUCUUGGCUUAAUGAUUGAUUCAAAUCUUUCAUGGAAAUACCACAUCGAAUCUAUCUGUCACAAAAUCAGAAAGUCGAUAGGAAUUAUAGCUAAGAUUCGACAUUAUGUCCCGCGUCGUGUUUUACUUUCAGUUUACAACUCAUUGAUUGUCCCUUACUUGACUUAUGGUAUUUGUGGUUGGGGAACUGUGCCUUGACAUUUCAAAGAAAGAUCGUAACUCUACAAAAACGGGCCUUAGUGUAAGAACACACCGUACCCUUCUUUCUCAAAUCAAAUUGACAGGGCUCAAAAUAACGGCCGGUCAACGGACAAUGUCCGGCCUGAUCGUGGGCUUGACCGGUCAAACUCUCGUCUGGCCGGUCAUUUUGACCGGUCAUUUUUGGAUGCGAACAUUUUAUAAUAUUUUCCAUAUAGUUGUCGCUUAAUGCGUUUUGCUCUAUAACGCUGUAAUUCGCUUCUUUCUUUGGCUUUUUUUGCUGCUUUGCACUAAACCCUUUAAAGAAAAACGUUCUGCUUUGCUGUGAUCAGUAUUAAGAAAACAUACGCUAACGAUAAUCCGUUAUUUUUUAGAAAACUAAAGGGUGACUGACAGUUUUUGUCCAUCAAACGUUUCACAUCUACUUGUAAGAGGAUUGUGAAAAUCACCUUCGACGGAAUUCGGGCUGAUCAAUCGCUCGUCCUGUACUGUUUCUCCGGGAAUAAAUUUCAGCGCAUCGAUUAAUUAUAAUCAUUUCUUUAUGUCGAACAUGAUCUCGUUUGCGGACUCGACUCCAGAAUUGUCUGAUAAAAACUAAGCUAAUCGAGAACGAACGUCGCCUAUCUCGGCGCUUAAAAUCCUCCUUCUUGAUAAGCCGUUCGCGAUAUAAAGUGUUGCGCGACGACCCAAACGAAAGCUCUGCUGUAUAUUUAUUGACUUCUGAUGACGAAUAGGCUGUUUGUGGAACAAAUUUCUCGCCAAAUCCACCUCUUUGCCGGAAAUAUUUAGCGACGAAAUUCUUCUUUGUGGAGGAGAGUUUCGAUCACGUGCCGGGCAACGAAAAGGAUCAAGUUUGACCGAUAUGUAGAUAUAGGACGAACCUUGGAGACUUCCGACACCGCCGUACGAUGAUUCUCAAGGUAUAUAUAAACGAACAUGAAAACGGGCGAAAAUCGAGGAAAGGAACCCAACAACGUGUGAAUGAAUUUUUCACCAACUUGCCGGCAAAAACCUGAAUAGCCUGUUCCAGGUUCCGAGAUAGUGGUGAAAAGUCGUUCAGUAAAAAGAAAUGCGAAAAACGCCACCGCGCCCUUUCUCAAGUCGCGCGCGUCUUAUUUUCGCUUUGCUCGUUUUAAUACGUCCGCACUAUAUUAUCUGAGAGCCUGGCACAGGCUAAAACCUAAACGACAAUGCCGCACAACGAUCUACUGCCAGCGUAAUUCGAUAUUCCAUCGGGCAAAAAAAAAAUAUAAUAUUCAUUAAUUUGACCGGCCAAAAUCGGGGUUUGUCCGGGCUGAAAAAUAUUUGGCCGGUCAUCAUGACCGGCGACCUGCUGUCCGUUAUUUUGAGCCUUGAAUUGCCUUCUCCUGCCUAGCCUGUUUUUCAGAGAUUUUAGCUAUUCCGGCUAUUUACUGUAUGAUAUCAACAGACAGACAGCACCAGUUAGUAUACUUAAUCAGGUCGUUAAAACAAGUCAGAUUCAUAACUACAGAACAAGAUCUGUCUCUAGCGACUCGUUUUAUGUUAAGUUCUCUAGAACCGAUAAAAUGUAUGCCUUUUUCACGAGAAUCGGUGCCCAGAUUUGGAACUCUAUUCCUUAUUCGAUUAAAAUACUUAAACGUUUGUCCUUUCGUAAAAAAAUAAAGGAAUUAUUACUAAAUUUCUUGCGGUCAGAUAAGUUAUUUAAUACUUUAGGUUAGCCUCUCUUCGUAAUCGUUAUGUACUUGCCUUGUUGAGCUAUUUUGAAAAAAUAGCUCCUAUGUCAGUGGUGUGAGGGUAUGUAUCUUUGUGGCUGUGUGUCUUUGUAUCUUUGUAUGUUCGGAUGUUUGUUGCAAGAGCCAAUAAGGUUGAAGGUACUAUGAGGUGAUGCUCAGGAACCAAUGAGAUGUUGGCAUCUAUUUAAACAUGACAUUGCUAAAGGUCGAACAAGGGCACUUUGAGACCGCCAUGUUGAUUCUUCACAAUUUUUUCGUCUUUUAUUACGGCUACAGGUGUUUAGAAGCAUUACAUUACAUAUCUUCAUGAUUCAAACGCUGUGUAAUGUGAUGCAGCUUUUUAAGGGUUCAUAUUUUAGUGGGAAUGCUGCUUCAAGACAUUUCUGACCGAACGGUACAACGCACGUAUUUAUGAGUUCUGUCAGUUCACCUGCCUCAUAUGAGUAGAGAUAUUUUUCUGCAGUUUGAUAAUUUUCUCGGAAGGAAAUGAAUGUUAGACCAUCAACCUUAACGUACGUUGCUUGAAGCGUAAUUUAAUUGCAGAUACAGGUAUUGUAAAGCCGAGGUGAUUUUUUAAAAUCGUUUUAGGAAGUUUUCUUGUAAACAAUUUGAGUUGUUUUAGGUACGAAUUGUAAAAGGAACAAAGUCCAACAUCUUCACGUGCAAAUUGUGUGCAUGAGUUAUUUUUGUAAUUCUGUUUACUGGAUUACUGUGUGAUAACUCGAAUUCCCUUACGUACGAACCACAAAAGGGACAAAGUCCGACACUUCAUUCACGUGCAAACUGCAUGAUUCUACAUCCCAUGCUGGCUUUUCACAGUGAUAAUAAUAAUAACUUGAACGUAUGAAGACAUCUUUAGUUUUGUAACUAGUGCCUAAGCAAACUAGGCUCUUUUCUUUUAAGAGGCAAAAACUCAUAACACUCUUAGAAUUAAGUGGUCAGAGUUAAAGACUGUUUCAUUAAAGUAGAGUCGCACGUGAUAACCUCGUGAAUAGUGAUGAUGCAACCAUCUAUAACAAUGAUGAAAGUCUUAGCUAUUCGGUAUUCGACGACCUUCAUUAUUUUAAGAAACCAUGAAGAAACCUUGAAACCUUCGAGUCUUCCCUCUAAGCAGCGUUUGGUGAGUUGAUAUUCAUGGUACUUUAACGAUUUGUUUAUUUUGCACCAGAUGAUUAAUGUACAGCAAUACCCAAUUUCGCACGAAACAGAGCCUUAAUUUAAGAUUAAAACAGUAGAUACUGUUACACUGAAGCAUUCAAAAUAGCUCAUGCACGUAAAACGUGCCUAUGUUUUUAUGUUAGUUCAAAUUCUAUUUACAGUAUAUUGGUGUCUUCACUGUUAUUUAGUCCAUCUAUAUAUAAAUCUUGUUUUGUAAUAUGUCUUCAACUCCCCCCGCCUUGAUUAGUCUAUAAGCUAUUUGCGGGUGGGAAAGUAAUGUAAUUAGUUAUUUUCCAAUUUUCUAUAAAAUUUGUUGUUGUUGUUGUUUCUUUUUUUUAUCACAUUCGGUAGCCGUUGCUGCAUGAAGUGGGAUACAGCUUGUAGACCCACGGAUGAUCCAUUUUGAGCUUUUCUAUCACCUGGUGCGCAAGGGCCAGUUCAACCCCCAAACAAUAUUUGUUUAGUUUAGGCAGCUGAAAAAAAAAAUAUAGAUUUUGGGCAUUCACCCAAACAAGAUAACCAUCCCGGCCUCCUUCCACAGCAAGAUUUUGUACUUCUCUACAAAUUUGAGACGUGCUGGGCGUUACUUGGCAGACUAAGCAGAGGUUUUUUUAACCAACUUAGAGGCCUCUAAUUUUAAACAUUUUAAACAGCUUUUCAUGACCUUUUCUGGAUUUGGCUUGUUAACUAAUGUGAGAGCUUUCUCGCUGAGUCUCCUUUUUUAUUAGCUCAUGGAUGACGUAGUCAUGCCAUGGGCUUUUGGAGGCACUCGAAUGGCACUCGAUCACUCACUCACUCACUCACUCACUCACUCACUCUCACUCUCACUCUCACUCUCACUCUCACUCUCACUCUCACUCACUCACUCACUCACUCACUCACUCACUCACUCACUCACUCACUCACUCUCACUCACUCACUCACUCACUCACUCACUCACUCACUCACUCACUCACUCACUCGAUUCUCAUUAAUUUAUUCAUUAAAGUCAGAUUAAACACGUUACUCCUACCGCCCUUACUUAGUAUUACUUUUUUUCCAAGUGCCUUUUACGUAUAUGUUUGGAAUAUCCUAGAGGGUACUAGUAAGGCGAAUAUUUUUUCCCGACACAUCAAUUAUAGAGAUGGGUUUUUUAUAAAUAACAAUAUUUUAAAUAACACUGACAAUAUCCUCCGCAAGAAAUGGACUUAGAAUUGUUAAAAGGACAUUGAAAUGAUUGAGCGUGGAUCAUUGCUGUAUAUUUGGACCAAUUGUGCACAUUUGUUCCCGAUAUUGUACUUGAUAUGGAAAAGAUGCAAUCAACAGGAGUGUGAAAGAGUUAUUGCAGCCUGACGAUGGGAUUUCGUUCAGCGAAAAGCGAAUAAGCCAAAGAACCUUAUAACCACUGCAAAAAAACUGUCCUCGAAUUGUUAAAGCGACAUUGAGGAGUAUCUAUUGAGGUUUAUUCAGUUAUUUGGACGAAUCUGUUCGACCAUUUGUCUUCGUAUGCAAACAGGGAAUGAAUUAAUGUUGUGUCAACUAGAAGCACAGGUUUUAGAAGCAACAAGCGUUACGCUAUUUUGCUUGAAUUCUUAGGUGAUCUUUGCCUUAAAGAAGGCUUUUGUUUGUCGGUGAUUCCAUUCCAUUUUGCGUUAAGGACAUUUAUCUUUCGUGAUAUUCACAAAAAACAAGGAAGGAGUUCGAGCAAUUCGGGCUAUAGAAUACCAAAAAUAUGUGGCUGGAAAAUGUACUCGCGCACGCGCACCUUUGACGUGGAAGUGCACAAAUCGAAUAGUCUAGUCAAAAAAUUGGCACAACAAGUAUGAAAAUGGUGAAUUAGAUUGAAAAACAAAUUUUGUUUCAAUGAUUUGCUUACCAAGUCCAAUCGUACUGAAAUACAGACUUAUAAAGUAGAGGAACGAACUUUUGGGACACUCUGUAUUAGUUGUUUAGAAUACCUUUACAAGUUCGAUGUAUAAAAUAUUCAUCAACAUAAACCUUUUCCUUUCAUGAAUUCGUUCUUAAACAAAUAUGUUCUAUUUUGGUACACUUUCGCGACUUCCACGACAACCCUUUUAUCGUAAAAGAAUGUUCAAUUCAGCUCCCCAAAAGGAAUAAAGCCUUAUUACACUAAGAAUUACACAAUUUGACAUUUUUGUCCUCAACUUCACCUUUUAUCAGUCUUUUCCAGGUAAAGACUAGCGUCUUUAUUUUUUAACCAUUUUUAGAGUUAUUUUCUCGCACUCUCAACCGAAUUCAUGUCAGUCGAUAGUUUCUACGUAAAAUAAAAUAUAUUCAAACUAAAAAGGGCGAGAUAUCUCCUAUUUUUCUAGGUGCUUGCUGAGUAAACUUUUAUUGUUAUAAUUUCUACUUUUGACCACGUACUGUACUUCUAAUUAGGAUGCCCGGUUUUGCGAACACAUCAUCACUUAAUUUAUGGAAACGUGUAACCAAUCAUUUUCGACAAGAAUCUUAACACCUCUUGAAUUCUCAACAACAACUAAGAAACUGCUGAACUGUAAUUUUAAUCCUUUGUCUUGUUAUUGUCAAAAAUUCAUGUCAAAAUGAGUUCUUUAUAGUUUUUAUAUUGCUGUCCUUAUUUUAUACUGACUGGACAACCACAACUUCAUAGAGAAAAGUCAAAAGUUAAAAUCACUUUGACAAAGUACACAUCGCGAAGGUCUAAUGCAAAUUAGUCCACUGUAACCAAUCAGAUUAGACUUGCCACAGCAUUAGUUUAUUUUAAGCAGCUGGUUGUUCGGUUGAUAUAAAAACGGGAACAGAGAGAAUAGAGAGAAAGUUGUAACUCACAAGCAGCAAGUGAAUAAAAGUUCUGAGUCAAAGAAGUUGUAUUGGUUUGUUGAAAGGCUUCAGCUAGUCCCCGUCAGAAACAUUUUUCAACAAAACGGUCCUGCGACAAAGGCCCUGCAACUGAUUACUGAAGCUCCAGCAUUUUCUUUGGAUUUAUGAGCCAGAAGAACUGAACUUGAAAGAAAAAAAAGUGGAAUUUCGACCUCCCUUUUCAGCUAGAUCAUGUGUGCAGGACAAAAGUUAAAGCUACUUGGAAGUAGCUAGCUUGAAUUAAAAGCCAGACUCAAGGUAUUUUAGCAGCCACCUUACACUGUAAGCCGUUGUACGCAAAUAGCAUUUAUUGAUCCCGGCCCUAUUUUUGUAACGUCAGGUCGUUCUUGCCGACAUUCCACCGAUGGCUAAAGGAGAAGCAAUCAUUGUGGGAACAUUUCAUAUAAGAAGGCGAGUUUGAAUUAUUAACUUAAGCAGCGCUUGGUUGAAAAUGUCAGCGAGAGAGAGUACAUCUCAUUGUCAAAUCUCGGUUAAGAUGCCCAGGGUCGCAGCGGCUAAAAUCGGCUUUGUUGGAGACAUUUUAUCCUAGGCCAUUGAAUUUUGCUGCUCGUUAUAGAGAUUACGCAAAGUUUACUUGUGUUAAUUCACAACUUGAUGAAUUGCCCGAUAUCGUCCUUACAACUUCCAGCUGAUAAUACAGUAAAACCGCGAGUAAGAACCUGGUUUUUUAGAACGUGUUAGCCUUAAAUUUGCCAGUUAGGCCCCGUCUAUAGAAGAACCUGUUAAGCCUAAACUUGAAACAGGUUUUAUUUGUCAAAAUCUGUGAAAAACAAUCUCUACACUUGGGCAAAUAAGAUAUUUAACUAAGUCAACAAUCAGGAUCCUCUUUGGAGACAUAAGUGCCUACCCACUCGAACUGCAAUGUAAUGUGUGCGGAUUUUAUAUAAGGAAUAUAUGCUUGAAAUAUCACUAAAUACUCUUAGCUACAAUGCAUUUUUUUCUCCAGAAAAUAAGAACCUAUUUAAAAACCUAAGUAGCCUAAAUUUGUGCUAAUUGACUUUUUAUGUAAGAACCUGCUUAGGCUAACUUGGGAAAAGACAGGUCUUACUCGCGGGUUUUUAGUCGAACCUCUCUAAUACGGACACCUCUCUAAUACGGACAGUUCACUUGGUCCCGGGAAAAUGCCCAUACAUUCUUUGUAAAAAUAACCUCUAUAAUACGGACAACGGACACGAAAUCUCGGCCCCAAAGAGAAAAUUCAUACAAACUGAACCUCUUUAUUACGGACACUCCAAUGAUGACACGAUUCAACACGAUUUCCUGUUUGUCGUUACAUAUCAGAGUGUAAUCAAUUGUCUCAUUGUUCAUACGAUAACAGUAUCAUGUUUUCAAUCUGUAAAAAUUAUACUAUCGACAUGUCAUUGCCAUUUAUCAUCAAGAUUUCUUAUUCUUUGAAGACUCUCCAGUUGUUGCUUUCCUUUUUCUUCCUCUUUUCUUUUCGACAUUUUCACUUGAAAGACUAUCUUUACGGACAGCUGGGUUUUCUGUAAGAUCCAAGCACUUCUCCAAACGCUCAAUGAGUUUGUGCGGUCCAGUGAAAAUAUAUUCACAUGGGAUCUACAGACUUCUUUAACGCAAAAUGAAUCAAUAACAAAGAACUUUCAUUAAAUACUCUACUGUAUGUUAGUGUUCGCUACACUUGUUACUGUUCUGUUAUGUUACUCUUCGGAAACUGUAUUAUAGUUUGCCAUAUUUGCCGUUUGGGCCAAUUUUGACUUAAAGAACACUUAAUACCAUCAAUGGAGCCUUUAAAGUGACGUAAUAUUCAUGACCUCUAUACAACGGACACCUCUCUUAUACGGACACUUUGCUCUGUCCCUUCGGUGUCCGUAUUAGAGAGGUUCGACUGUAUAUGGGGUUAGUUGAAUCCUAACAUUGAUUUUGUUUCCUUACCAGGGAUGGCUCGCUGCAUAUUCAUUUGGUGGAAAAGACUUCUGAGAAAUCGGCUGAUAUAAGUAUCGAUGCCAGUUGA